AUGCAAGCAACUGCUGGGUAUCCUGACGAUGGCAAUGAGCUCGUGGUUGGUGGGAGGCACCCUCUCUUGGAGAAAGAGACUUUCGAGCAGCUGCACCGAAACGACAUUGUCGAGACGCGGCCACAUACACUGCAUUUUGGCGGCUUCCAGAUACACAAGGAACACACACAAGUUCUCAGAGUUGUGAACAUUUCGCCAUCAUCUUUGAGGGUGUCAAUCAUCGGUCCGUCCACCCCGUGGUUCCGUAUCAACGUAGACAAGAAGGGCUUGCUAGCGCCAGGAAUGAGUGAAGACGUGACGGUCUCGUUUGAGCCCCACGAAUGGCGGUACUAUUACGACACCAUCAAAAUAUUCUGCGGAGAGUUAUCUGAAAAUUUGAUCGUGCCGAUUCAUGCAUACCCGUCAGCCAACGACAUUGUCUUGCCACGGAUUAUUGACUUCGGUGCGAUCGCCAUUGGAACGUCGAGAUCUAAGGUAAUCCCGCUGUCGUGCAAGAUUCCGAUUCAGUUUGAGUUUGAAAUUGACGUCGUGGAAUCCCACUCCGACUUCAGCAUAUCUCCGCUGGCAGGUGUCAUACCUGCAGAUGGAAGCACGGAGGUCGUCAUCACGUUCACACCAACGCGGCACAGGACUGCACGGGCCGAACUUCGAUUCCAGAUUGCGCAGUUCGACUUCCAGCCCAUGAUGGUCACGCUCCUCGGGUCUUGCUCACCAGAGGCUGCAAAGCUGGAGGUGCUGCGGUCUGAAAUUCUGGAGCUGGAAGCUGCUGAGGCCACAAAGAAGCAGGAAGCUUUGGCUGAAUCGGUCAACAAGCUCCAGGGAAAGAAGAAGAAUCCUAUGCGAGUCGUCCUUCCAACCUUCAAGCGGGAAGAGCUGGAACGGACCAUCAGCGGCGUGAAGGUACCCACGACGAGAACUGAUCAACAAGCUACGAACUACAUUCUGAAUCAGACUGCCGGAAAGCUGCCACUGAAGGACUUGGUCGCAUUCAUCCGUGAGCAGCGGCAGGCAGCAGACCAACGGCGACGUUUGGUGUCAGACAACUUCAAGAACCAGUCGGACGAGGAAGAGGAGGAGGAGGAGGAGGACAAGCAAGCUGCAGAGUUGCGCUUCGAGCUCCAGUACCGGGAGGUGGACAAGCGAGACAAGGACAAGGAACUCAAGAGUACGCGUGCGACUGGGGAAGAGCCUCCAGCUGCACAAGAAGUCUCGGACGUGUGUGCUGCUCGCAAAGCAAGGCACGAGAAGCUCCUCCAGUAUCGCAUCGGGCAGGACGUUAAACGUGUGGAGUCGGUCUUAAUUCGCACGAGAGUUGCUGUCCCGAGUAGCUUCAAGCCGGCCUUGAAGCCUGAAUGGGACGAAUGUGCCAAUGACACCUUCUCGGUCAGGCUGCAGGUAAUCGAGCGGUUUGUGCGAGCAGGCUCAAAGGUCUUAAUGCGCCUGCGGGCAGAAAAGAGGAUGCAGCUGCUGCAGGAGGCUUUGAACGAAGCCGGAGUUUUCGACAAACCCAGCUGCAAGGCAUGGGUUGAAGCCGAAAACAAGGCAGCUGCUUCUGGAACGCUGGUGAAAGCAGAGAAGGCGCCCCAAAAGCCCGUCAAAGGCGCAGAUAACAAGACUGAAGGGACUUUGCCGAGUGUUCACAUUCCGAAGGAUUUCGUCCUGCCUUUCCAAACUCCAACACGAACGUCUGGAUUCUCAGCAGAAGAGCGGCAACCUGUAGAGGUUACGCAACUGGAUAACUUCGAGGAGUUUGUACCGGCAGAGCUGAACACUCGACUUGAUUUCAAAGUCCUGGACUACCAGCAGCAUCAAGUUCCUCCCGCAUCUGGGUACAUGCAGCCGAACACAGACAGAGAGCGCUUGUCAGCCGCACUGGAGGAAAGCCUCGUCUUGGGCCAGCGUGGGGACGAGCUGGAUGGAGCUGAGAUGCCGGUGUCCAUGCCAGACUCGUGCUUGCUUCCGCCCGUGCAUGAUGCCUUAUCGUUGCUAAUCCCUUCCACAGAGUGCAGGACAUUCGUGGCAUAUCCUGAUUCUGCAGAGUGCGAUCCAGAGCAUGGCCUUGCAGAGAAGCCUGAUCUCUUGGAGCCCCUCGACGUUCUUUCCCUGCUUCCGUCCAGCAUCAUGUCGCUAGAGUCACUUUGGCUGGAAAGCUACCGAGCCCCGCGAGAAGUCACAGACCCAUUCCAACAUGGCGAUCCUUUCUGCCCGAGCUUUGCAGAGGCGGGCGGCGUCUUGGGGCCGUCACUAGGUGCCGAUUUGGGCGGCCAGCGCUUGUCGUACCAGCCGGUCGGUGGCUUUGACAAAGAUCUGCCCAGUGACACGGAUGAUGAUGAGCAGCCUGAGCUCCAAGUGCCGCCACCAGGCAAAGACCUGCAAAGCAAGGCCAUCUCCAGCUUGGAUGGACAGGCUGUUAGCGAGAUGUGGCAUAAAGCCGGCAUAUCGGAGGACAAGCUGCAGAAGCUUUGUUACACAAACGGCCGUGCAGCUUCAGCCUCAGGAAGUUUGAGGGUUCGUGUCGAAAUGUGCGGCAAUUCAGCUAAACACAAUACUUGUAAUUGCUUUAUGGUCGAAUCGGGUCGACAGCCCCCCAGCCGACAAAGGGCCUGCCAAACAGAAUCCCGGUCCCAUCAACUCGUCGGCAUAGCUAGCUAG